UGUCAGAAGUAACUGUCAAGUAUUUAAAAAUUUUAAAAAUGUGCCCCUAUUCUCAUUUUUCUUAAUAUUAAAUAUAUUUAUUACUUUAUUCUUCUAAUUUUGUGCUUGUGUUAAUAAUACAGUAGGAAUACAAUAAUAAAUAUACAAGAAUACGAAUUUAAUCCUAAAUCCUGAUAGUUUUAUUCAGUUGGCAUUUGUCAGUUACAUUAUUGAGUUCCUAGUUUUAGCCAAAUUAAGAUUUUAAAGUUGUGCAAAUUCGGAUUUUUUUAAAGACGACUGUAAAGUGUAAGCAACGAUUUUCUAUAGAAAUGGAGCCGAUGACUCUAGGCAGUCCAACGCAGUCUCCUCCAGGAAGUCCUAAUGUAGGAUAUUUGCCGCCUUUUCUUUUGGGAGAAAUAAAUCCUCCUACGACACCACGCACCAAUAGCUUGUCACCCACUAAAGGACGAAGUUUAGCAUUUGGAUCACCGACAAGCCCUGGUCAAACUUCUACACCUGAACAGAAACAGUACCGACAGAGCAUAUCCUUACACCAACAUGCUGUUUAUAAUCAACAAAAUGUUUUUAAUGGUAUACCUACAUCACCAAAUGCUUCCUAUUCAUCAAAACCUAGUGGUCCUCCUAUUGAAGACUUAUUUGAUACUAUUAAAAGCAAUGAGCCAUCUUUUAAUAAAUCUUUAUUCAAUGAUAAUAGUUUUCUGGGUUAUGGGAACAAUAACUCAAUGAUGCAAAACUCUUAUAUGAACAAUGUUUCCGGCAAUAAUCAUUCAAUGGUAAAUCAUUGGCAAGAUGGUUGUCAAGAACAAGAUGAGUAUUGGCUGACUGUGUUUGGAUUUCCUACAAAUGCAGCUAAUACAGUGCUUACAAGAUUCAGCAAUUGUGGAGCAAUUCUGGAUAAGCAAUAUCCAACCCAAGGAAACUGGGCCCAUAUAAGAUAUGCAACAAGAGCUGAAAAAGAAAGAGCACUAGCUUUAAAUGGAAGACAAGUGUUGCCAGGUGUGAUGGUGGGUGUUGUUGAGUGCAAAGACCCUCCACGGAUAGCUAACACUAGCCUUCGGACAUUGCCUGAAAGGCAAGGUACAGCAAGAUCACUUUGUCCAACUCCAGUACCCCAGGCACCAUUACCACAAAAAUCAAAUGGACUCAUUUCAAAAGCAUUAGACUAUGUGUUAAGCUGGUGACAUACACUACAUUUUAUAAUAAUAAUGAAAUCUGUAUAUAAUUAUGUUCUUUAUUGCAAUUAUGAUUUAAUUUGUACAAUGGUGUAUUAGAAUAAGAAUUCAACAAAUGUUUAACAUUUCAAUCAGUGAUUGCAUAUAAAACAUGGAAGCAUAUUAUCUAACGUUGAUUAUUAGCGCAAAAAAAUCAUAAUACAGUAAACUCAUUGCAUAAAAAAAGUGUCAUUUAUUAUUUAUUCUAGGUCUAUAAUAACAUUUUCUUUGUCAUGUGCCGAACAUGAUUGGUUCUCAGCAUGACAUGAUUAUGGUAAUUGGGUCAGUUAAAAAUAGAGCAUAUUAUACUUUUUCUAAAAGCCGGCAACGCUUUCGCGAUUCCUCUGGUGCCAAGGAAAUGUGGGCGGCGGUAAUCACAUCAUCAGGUCACUGUGUCAAGCAUGUUUAUCGUUCUCUUCCGUUAAAAAAUAAUGCACCUAAAUCAUUUUAGAUAUAGUAUUUCCUUGAUUAACAUUUACAAACGACUACAAACCGCUCCUUUACAGACUGUCAUUGAAUCUCCAUCACUUGUCUUAUUUCUUAUACUAGUGCUUGUUAGUAAAAUGUGUAAAGAAAAAGUAGAUCAGUUUUAUUAUAUUAAGUUUUAUUAUUAAUGAAUUGUCUCCAGGAUAUUUAUUAAAAAUCAUAUGAAAAAAUGCAUUAAAUAGAAAAAUGUAGAGAACCUUAUUGUUACCACACUGAAAAUAACUUGAGCCAAAAAAAUACUGGAUAAGUGAACACAUACUAGACAUAUCAAAUCAUUUUGCUGUCUCUAAUUUAACAGCUUUUAUCCAUAAAUAUUUACAACUCCUGUUUUUAUUUAGUAUUUUAAAUCCUUGUUACAUCUGUUUUUAAAAUCCCAUCUCACUAGAAUCCAAUCAUACUAAUUCGCCUAACUGAACUGAUCCGCAUGAUGGUACAGUUUUUAAGCCCUACACACUACAGGAUAGUUUUAGUUGCGCUAUUUUGUCAGGAAUGCUUCCAUGUUUUAUAUGCGUUCACUAAUGUUAAUUUCUAUAAUUGAAUACAUUGUCAGCUUUUAAAACCAAGCCAUGUAUUAUUCACAUUAUUUACUAUAAUUAAUUGACACCAGGACAGGUGUAUAAGGGUGUAGCUUUUGUCUAAAAUGGGAUAAUACAUGAUUGAUCCUCUAAAUUAUA